AUGAGGCUCGCUUCCAGGACGGCCUGGGCGGCUGCUUUGGCCCUCGCUGUCGCUGGGGUUCAUGGCGAGCCCACGCCAUACUGCCCCGUGGAAGAAGUCUGCUUCCAGUUCGCGGUUCCCGAAGCCGCCGCCAGCUCUGGCUCGGGCAACGUCUACUUCCAACUCAAGGCGAGCUCGUCGGUCAGCUGGGCAGGCCUCGGUAUCGGGUCACAGAUGAGCGGUGCCACCAUGUUCAUCAUGUACGCCAACGGGAAGAACAACGUGACUCUUAGCACCAGGAAGGGUACCGGCCAUGUCGAGCCAAGGUACAGCCGCAUGACCAACGUCGAGCUCCUCGAGGGGACCGGCAUAAUCAACGGCAGCAUGAUCGCAAACGUGCGCUGCAGCGGAUGUGCAAACCUUGACCUCUCCGGAGUGAGCAGCUGGGUGUCUGCCUGGAAAAGGGGGAGCGCCAUGAACGAAGAGAGCCCGUCCGCCAGCAUCGUAUACCACGACUCGCACAACAACUUCAAUGUCAACCUCGGCAUGGCCACCAUCAACAGCGACGCCAAUCCAUUCGUCAACAGCUCUAGCACACCUGGAGGAAACAAUGGCGGGGGCAACGGCGAUGGAAACAGUGGAGGAAACAAAGGCGGCAACGGCGGUGGCGGCGUCAUCGUGACCGGUGCCGGUGGUGGUUCGUCGACAACGACUCUCAUAAACGCGCAUGGGAUCCUCAUGACAGUUGUCUUUGUCGUUGGAUAUCCCAUCGGUGCCAUGCUAUCGCCCUUUGUUAGCACCUGGAUCAUCCACGCAACUUGGCAGUCCCUCGUCUUCUUCGCCAUGUGGGCAGGGUUCGGCCUCGGAAUCGUCAUAUGCAGUCGCAUAGGCUUUUUCUUCCAGAACACGCACACUCAGCUGGGCGUCUUCAUUGUCUCCUUGAUGGGCCUGCAGCCCAUAUUCGGCUUCCUCCACCACAGGCACUACCUCAGGAACCGCAGGCGUGGCAUCAUAAGUUACGUUCAUAUCUGGUACGGUCGCUCGCUCAUGAUCCUCGGCGUGGUCAAUGGCGGGCUGGGCCUGCAGCUUGCGGGAAACCCGCAACCGUUCGUCACCGUAUACAUAGCCGUGGCCGCGAUUGUAGCGGCGGCAUAUCUCGCAGUGAGCGCCUUUGCUCUCUUCAGGAAAAGGAAGCCCGCUGGGAUCGAGCCGCCAGCCAAUGGGUCCGACAACACGGAGAGGAAGAAGACGAAGAUUUGGUCAUAG